GGGGAGACGGAUUGUGGCAUCGCCGAUGUUGGUGAUGCACGCGACGGGAGGGAGGUGUGGGCAGAGAAGCGACGAACGCUUCAUCCACCAGCGGGAGGAAAACGACGGCGACGCACCUACGGUGGGCGCGGACGAUCAGGAGUGGAACGACGACGAUGGCGAAGGUAGGGAUGACGACGCAGGCUACGUAUCGUCUUUCAAGCAAAGCAGCAUGGGAGGGAGGGGCGGAAAGACGAGGGCGUGUGCUCGCAAUGGUUGUCGGGGGAAAAAAGCGGCGGUGAAGAGGAGCGAUGCCAAAGGUGACGCUGAUGCGGAAGAAGGUCGUCAGUUCUGGUCCGUCGACGACAUGAUAGCCCUCAUUCGGGCUAAACGUGGGCAGGACGCGCAUCUGCAGGGGAUGGGUACCGCGUACGCUCAUAUGAAGCCACGAGAAUUGAAGUGGUUGGAUGUGGCGCAGAGGUUGAAGAAGGUGGGCGUCGACAGAGAAGCAGAACGGUGUAGGAAGAAGUGGGACAAUUUGAUACAGCAGUUCAAGAAGGUGCAUCACUUCCAAGGGCACGACGACGACGAGGAUGGGUCGACGAGAGGUUCUUCUCAAAUAACGGGAAGCCCUGCCGGUUUCGGCAAGAGGAAGAGCACAAGGCAGCAAACUUUCGAAGCGCUGACGGAAUGCAUGGAGAAGCACGGGGCUCUCGUGGCGUCGACGAUGGAGAGCAACAGCAAGCGGCAGUGCUCCAUCCAAAUCUGGCAGUGCGAGGCGUUGGAAGCGGAGGUUGAAGUGUAGAAAAAGCACUACGCAGUGUCUGACGAAGUUAGCAAACUGAUGUGUCACGCUCAUCUGGAGAUAGCGAAGGUCAUCCGCAAGCGUUAGAGUUCG